AAAUCCCGAAUUAGUCUCGCACGACGUCCGAUGCGAUAAUGAUGCGCACUGUGUUAAGUCUGUUUACAGCAAUUUUUCUCGGAACUGUAUUUUGUCAAAAAAUUAUAGGGGACUUAUGUACCAUACAAUCAACUGGAGCCAAAGGAGUUUGUAGAGUGUUUGCCGACUGUGAAAAAGCUCGCGAAGAUCUAAGUCAGUUUAAUCGAUUUCCUCAAGUAUGUGGUUUUCAAAACACAACAACGAUAGUCUGCUGUCCACAGAAUCAAAGUGUGACACGCAAGACACCAGAAACACCGGGUGGUCGAAUACCAGGAGAAAUCAGUAAAAGGAAAUGUGAAGAAUAUUCUGCGUAUGUAUAUGAAACAUCAGUACCUCCCACUGCACUAGUUGGUCAAAAACCAGUUAAAAAAUACGAAUGUGGACACCAAGUAACCAAAUUAAUUGUGGGCGGUGAUCCAGCUGGAAGAAAGGAAUUUCCACAUAUGGCAGCUAUAGGCUAUAAUUCAUCUGACGAAGGAAUGCAAUGGCUUUGUGGUGGAACAAUUUUAAGCAAAAGAUACGUAUUAACAGCCGCACAUUGCCUGUCUGAUUCUAAUGCAGGGAAUGCGCUAUGGGUAAGACUUGGUAUAACCAAACUCACCGAUACGCAUCGUAGACAAGAAAUAAAGAUAGCUGAGCGGAUACCUCAUCCUGAAUACAGGGUAGACUCUCAUUAUAAUGAUAUUGGACUGCUACGAUUAGAAAAAGCAGCUAGACUGAAUUCGUUCUCGCGACCAGCGUGUCUUUAUUUAGACUCAGAAAUUAGGAGUGAAAGGGCCAUUGCAACAGGAUGGGGCUAUACAUCUUAUGGUGGUAAUACUAGCAACGAUUUACUCAAAGUAGUCCUUGAUCUUUUUAAUCAAAGUACAUGUAGCCAAUAUUAUCAGAACCAUAGGAGAGUGGCACAAGGAAUUCUAGAUAAUCUCCAGGUUUGUGCAGGUUCUGUGAAGGGCAACAAUGACACGUGUCAGGGAGAUUCUGGUGGUCCUUUACAAAUAUAUCACCGUGGUGAUAAGAUAAAGUGCAUGUACGACAUUAUAGGUGUAACAUCGUUUGGACUAGGCUGUGCCGGCAGUCCUGGAGUCUAUGUGAGAGUUUCAAAUUAUAUCAAAUGGAUAGAAGAUAUAGUUUGGCCCUAGGAUAUUUUCUGUUUAAUUUUUUUGAUGUUUUUAUCCUCUGUAAGUGAUAUGACUGAUUCCUGUACCAAUGUUUUGUAGACGUAGAGAUUAAUAAAAUAACACAUAUUGACAUAAAUUUCAAUAUAUUGACAUGAAUAUUCUAAUGUAUGAUGUUUACAGUAAAAGUUGUUUAAAUAAAUCUGCUUAAAUAACA